CAGUGUUGUCUGUGAAUAUAUGUGAAAGCCACCACGUUACUAAUUGCUGAAAAUGCAAAAGACUACUACAACUACAAGGGUUGGUAUUCAACCGUAUUACUAGCUGUUGUUGACUACAGAUACAGAUUUCUUUACAUCAGUGUUGGCAGUCCCGGGCGUUGUGACGACUCUUCAAUUUUCGAAAACUCAUCCUUGAAAGUGCACCACCAGGAUCCAAUACUUAAGGCAAUGUCAAAAAACUUAUACGAUGUGAAUGUACCAGUCGUCCUUAUUGGAGAUUCGGCUUUUAGAUUUUCCGACAUUCUGAUGAAACCGUAUCCAUAUAGUACAUCUCUGACACCAAGGCAGAAAAAUUUCAAUUUUCAUCUUUCCAAGAGUAGCAGAGUGGUUGAAAAUGCUUUCGGUCACCUGAAAGCCAGAUUUCGACGAAUUGGAAAGGGGUUGGACAACCACAUUGAGAACACAAAUCUCAUUAUAAAAUCCUGUUGUGUACUUCAUAAUUUUUUAAACUCGCAUAAUGAUGAAAUUAAUUCUCAGUGGUUGCAACGCUCAACGGAAGCUACAACAAGGGAACAACCAGAGUUCAAUUCCAUCAUAAACGAUACAAACCCAACUGCAAAUAACAUCAGGAAUGCAAUAGUGCCUGGCUACAAAGUGAUUUUUCAAUCGAUUGAAAAAUCACAUGCGGUGGCUACAGACUUUUGUGCCCAAUCACGUUCCACUUUUACAUUUUCUAGGAACAAACGUCAAAAAGAGGAAAAAUUUAGCAAUCUAACUGUACUACCCUCAGAAAAUUCAGUUCCCUUCUUGAGCAUCUUCCCCCUUCACUCCUCAUCCCUCUUGCCUACAAACUCACUGCUUAGGCGAUUGAAAAAUCACCGUGUAGCCAGGCACAUAAAUAAUUACUUAGGGGAGAGAAAUGCAAAAAUAAAAUUUCUUUUUUCCGUUUUCCGUAUGAGGAAAACGAAUUAAAAAUGUGGAUAUUGGCCUGCUGCAGGAGUGAUACCAUCAACAAAAGAAAUGCAAGGGUUUGUAGCGUCCAUUUCAAAGAAGAAGAUUUUCAUCCUACGGUUAAAGGAAUCCAGCGAUUGAAGAAAGGAUCGGUACCAUCACAGUUUUUGAUGUCUGAAGUACAAAAAAAGCAGGAAAAUCAAUCAAGAACUCAGCCACUUCAAGGCUCCAACUUAAACACCCAACAAUCUCAACAUCUUCAAGCAAGCAAUCAAAAUACCAACACUGUCCAAUAUCCUCCACCAAGAUCUGAUCUUCUUCAAGCAACCAGUGUAGUCAACCACCAAACCAACACCGUCCAAAAACCUUCACCAAGAUCUCAGCUUCUUCAAGCAAAUGGCAAACAUACCAACAACACCAUCCAACAACCUCUACCAAGAUCUCAUCUUCUUCAAGCACCCGGUGUAGCAACCCAACUAACCAACACUGUCCAACAACCUCAACCAAGGUAUCUGUCUCAACUUCUUCAAUCACCCGGUUUAGCAAUCAACCAAACCAACACCGUCCAACAACCUCAACCAAGAUCUCAUCUUCUUCAAGCACCCGGUAUAGCAACCCAACGAACCAACACUGUCCAACAACCUCAACCAAGGUAUCUGUCUCAACUUCUUCAAUCACCCGGUUUAGCACCCACCAAAACCAACACCGUCCAACAACCUCAACCAAGAUCUCAGCUUCUUCAAGCACCCGGUAUAGCAACCCAACGAACCAACACUGUCCAACAACCUCAACCAAGAUCUCAGCUUCUUCAAGCACCCGGUAUAGCAACCCAACGAACCAACACUGUCCAACAACCUCAACCAAGGUAUCUGUCUCAACUUCUUCAAUCACCCGGUUUAGCAACCCACCAAACCAACACCGUCCAACAACCUCAACCAAGGUAUCUGUCUCAACUUCUUCAAUCACCCGGUUUAGCAACCCACCAAACCAACACCGUCCAACAACCUCAACCAAGAUCUCAGCUUCUUCAAGCACCCAGUAUAGCAACCCAACGAACCAACACUGUCCAACAACCUCAACCAAGAUCUCAGCUUCUUCAAGCACCCGGUAUAGCAACCCAACGAACCAACACUGUCCAACAACCUCAACCAAGGUAUCUGUCUCAACUUCGUCAAUCACCCGGUUUAGCAACCCACCAAACCAACACCGUCCAACAACCUCAACCAAGAUCUCAGCUUCUUCAAGCACCCGGUAUAGCAACCCAACGAACCAACACUGUCCAACAACCUCAACCAAGAUCUCAGCUUCUUCAAGCACCCGGUAUAGCAACCCAACGAACCAACACUGUCCAACAACCUCAACCAAGGUAUCUGUCUCAACUUCUUCAAUCACCCGGUUUUGCAACCCACCAAACCAACACCGUCCAACAACCUCAACCAAGAUCUCAGCUUCUUCAAGCACCCGGUGUAGCAACCCAACGAACCAACACUGUCCAACAACAUCCACCAAGAUCUCAGACACUACACAACCUCACCACCCAACAAUGCUACGGAUUACUACACUUCACCCAACUUCACCACCCAAAACGCUACGAUAUAUACUUUGUAAAUUUUAACACAUUAGUGUUAGACUAUAAACAAAUACUUAAAAUACAAAUAGUUGCACAACAUAUUUAUAUACAUAUAUGUAUGUUGUAUGUAUAUAUAUAACUUACAAAAAUAAAAUUGAAACAUCAUUCUAAAUAAUAAACCAAAA